GCGUGGCCUAUAAACUACCUGCAGCAGGUAGUCUCGGGUUACCUGUUGCUGUUCAGUUGCUACAUAGUUAUUUUCUGCUGCAGAUUGAACACAGUUCACCUGUGCAGAUGAGCUUAAUGAACCAGCGGUUAUCAGAGGAUCACAAGCCGGAGCUUCACCUCAAUCACCGGAAGUAUUUUUGAGUGCUUGAUUCAUAUUUUUUUUCACAAAGUCGGAAGCGUUUUACUUUGUCACGUUUCCUGAGAUGAGCUCAACCAUCAGCGGGUAACGCUGGCACGAUGUCAGGAUGCCUGAAGUAGACUCGCUCUCUUCGGAUCGCCAUGGUGACGCCAUCCACGCCACUGAAGGACGUGAUGCUGUGACCGGAGAGACAGUGAUGGAUAUGGAGCUGUUGCUGGAUCUGUCUGAGUCUCCGUUCCUUUUCACUUCGUCUCCGUUGGAGCCGAAUGGGGAGGAAACGCAGCAAGUGGACGACAGCUGGAGCCAAGAUGGAGACCUGCGGGGAUGUGGACAGUUGGAGAGAAGGUGGAUCCUCUGGCACGAGUUUAUGAAAGAACACGCUCACCUGGACGCUUGGCUGCGAUUGGCUGAGCAGGCCGUCAGUUCGCCAAACUCCGCCCAUGUUACCUACGUCACUGCCAAGGAAGAGCUGAGGAAGUUUGAGAGGCUGCGUUGUGAGGCGGGAUCUCGACUCGUCCAGCUGGACAGUCUGACGCGGAGGAAUCGAACGCUGACUCGGCUGUUUCAGGGUGUCAUGAAGGCUCGGGCGUUGGCGUCGACGAGGGAGUGUGGCGCAAGAUGGGACGAUGUGAACGCCAAACUGGAAUCCAUCACAGGACAACUGAAGCUCUUUGUCUCAGAGUGGGAGGGGUUUGAGGUGGAGCGAGAGGAUCUUGCUCUCUGGUUGGCUGACCUGGACUUCCGUCUGAGUGAAGUAGAACACCUGACAGGAAACACCUGCGAAAAGCUGAGACGACUGCAGUCAUUCCAGCAGUGUGUGUGCGUGAACUCGAGCCGCAUUAACGCCCUUCUGCAGCGCGGCGAGGCGUUGAUCCAGCGCAGCGAGCCGACUGACGCUCAGCACGUCGAGAGCCAGCUGCUGGAGCUGCUGCGGUGCUGCAGCCACGUCUACAACAACAUCGCACGGACGCACACCCGGCUGCUCAGCAUGAGACUGGUGUUUGAGGAUGACUGGAUUCUGUCUCAGGCUACAGACUCCGGUUGUCCUUCAGAGUCUUUAUUAGAGGAAGAGGGAGCGCUUGAUAAACCCAACCUGGACCUCCCUGUAAUUUCAAACCAUCCUAAAGAUUUCAGCCAAUCAGCUAACUCUCGCCUCGCCUUCUCCUCCGGCUCGCCCUCAUCGCUUCACCUCCCUCCUCCUCCCCCCUCGCCGUCCUCUCCUUCCCAUGAGCACCUGGGGCUCGAGUGGGACCCCUCGGUCGAUAUCGGACGAUCCGUCUCCUGCGACGACGCCGACUCUUCGUAUUUCAGCACCAGCACAGGUCUGUGUCACAGAGACGGCCUGAAGAGGCGGAGCUACCUCAGUUCCCUCGGCUCUCAGUCUGACAUCAGCAAUGACGUCACCAACCAGGAGGCGGACCUGCGACGGGAGGGAUGGCGUGACCGUGGUCAUCGUGGUCUCUUCUCAUCGGUCGCAACCGAGGAAGGCGGGACUCGGCACCUCUCCGAGGAUCAGUGGGUGACCUCGACUCCUGAUGGACGGGACGGUGAGCCGGUCAGCUUCGAUGGCGGGCGUGUGAGGGCGUGGUUGGGAGUUCAGAGCCCCGCCCCUCCAGAUAGAGAGACUUCCUGCUGUAAAGCCGUGCAGACUGACGGGGAGGUGAAGUACUACCUGGAUGAAAGCCACGUCGAUGAACCCGUCCAGCUGCGUCCUCAUGUCGUUGACAGCCAAAGUCACCAUGACGACACACAAAAGCCUUUUCUUGGCCCCUCCCCGUCACCGUCACAUGACCUAAAAGCUACACCUGAUUGGACGUGGCAUCAGUAUCCAUCAAAUCUACAGGCUGAAGAAGAGCCGUCCUGUUAUGAAGAAGCUGAGCGACUUCUCUCCGAACAAAGUGUGACCCCGAGCAGGAGGGCUCCCUCGUCCCUGCCCCCAGCACUCCUCUACCUCCUUCUGGCUGCAGCUCUGGCUCUGUUGGUUUGUCUGAUCUGGGGCUUCCUGGAGCCUCCGUGCCACCGUAGCGGCAGGAUGCCGCAUAGCCUCCACCUGGCACUGAGAUACGUCAACGGACCGCCACCAACCUGAAGACCAUCUAGAGACUUUCAGAUAGUUUGGACAAGGCACUUUCUUCUGGCAAAAAUUAGCUUAAUAACAGCAUGACAGAAAUCUUCAGGGAGAGAAAAAAGUGGGAUACUAAGGCCUUGAAUCAGGGGCGUCAAACAUACUUCCAGGACCACCAUACAGCAGUUCUGGAUUGUUUUUCUGCCCAUUUUCCAUUGUUAAUUUCCAUUGUUAGCAGGGAUUUCUGGCACAACUUGACUUAUUUCCAAGGUGCAUGCAGAAGGAAAGUAGUCGGAAGACGUCAAAACUGCAGCAACACUUAAUGCCUUUCGGCUUUCGGCCUUCAUAAACCUUAGAUGACCCAUAUGAAACACAUUGGUUUUACAAUAAAAUUGUUGUUGUGUUGCUGGAGUUUUGACCUCUUCAGACUUAUUUCCAUUGUUAGCCAUGUAACAAAUUACAAAUUAAGCUCCUUCACAGGGUAAAUUUUGGUUGCUGUAUUGGUCUAAUGUAAGUCAUGUUUUUAGGGAUGCAACCUUUGAGAAUUAUUAAUAGUUAAUGGAUUGUAAUUAACAAACCACAAGAGGGUGCUGGAGGUUUCACUGGCUAGCUUGCAGCAGCUUUGAUUAAAUCUGAAGUUUAAUAUUUUUAAACUCUCCCUGAAAGCUGGAAACGUGGGUAACAAGGCUAUUAUUCCACCAAGAGACAAAACCAAAUCAGAUUGCCUUCAAUACAUCCAAAUAAGCUCAAUUUCAAUAUAUUGUUCAAGAAUCUCGUCUUUCUCUAUUCUAGCUUUAGAUCUGAGCUCAGUUCUUUCCUGUAAUUCUCAAUAUGAGCCGUCUGUUAAAUGAACACAGUGUAAACAUUAUGUUUCUUAGAAUUUAAAUAUAUCCUUGUCACCUAGAAAGUGCUGUUAAGCCAACAUGAAAACAUGUCUUGUUACAUCAGGUACUAAACUAUAUUUAUUCAGUUUGAGCCCAUGCCUUAAUGAAAAAAAACAUAACUAUAGCAGAAUGUAUGCUAACGGAAAGUUGUAAUAAAUAUGUAAUAUCUUUAUUUACCUCUGAGAUUUUUGGUCGAUAGCAUUCGUGAUUGCCUUACUCACCUGACUAAUGCUACGUUGUUGUAGCAUUAGCUGGUUAAAUGUCCACCUUAAUUCAAGGUAAAUCUGUAAAAGUAAAUCUAAAAUGUAAAUCUGAUAUGGUUGGUUGUAAUUCCAACGUUUAAGAAGUCAAGCUUGGAAAAACCAAAGAAGAAAUCUGGAUGCUGUUUUUUGUUAAAUGUAAAACCCUGAUUCCACAGCAGCGGCUAGGCUAAUACUGUUAGCUAGUUAGUGCAGAAAAUGGCAACUGUAAGAGUACGUUUAGAUCACAUGUUGCAAGAAAGUUGAAUGUCUUUAGAGAAUUAAUAAUUUUAUAACAGUGUUAGCUUGAAUACCAAUAUGUUAGUUAGGAGUUUAGUGUUGAAAAACAGUACAAUACAGGAUAAUUGACAAUACGGGAUUAUUUUCGAAAAAAUCACAGCAUUUCUUACCCAUAGGUCUGACUUGUAGGGCUCUUUAAGGGCUAUUUAUUUCCAAUUUUCCAGAUUGGAAAUCUUAAUCAGCGAGUUUCGGGUGAUGUUGAAACGCAGCGUUAGCGCUGUAGGGAGGUAAUCUAACAGACCUUUAUGACCCACCAUGUUGUUCAUAAAACCUUCUAACAUGUUUUGGGUUUUGUAGUUAAUGAGGCAUAGUCAUAGUUUUGACAUGAAAAGAUUUACUGCCUUGCUUACAUGUCUUUUAUAUAUGUGCUAGUAAACUAACAUGCAGGAUGUAGCUAACAAGCUAGCUUUUUGACUUUCUGUAAAUAACUAUGUAAUCACUUGCCAUUCAUGUCAAUAUUAUGAAGUAUUUUGUACUUUAUCAAUCACUAACUGCCUUGUUAAAGCAUGAUAGCACUUGCAUUAAUAAUCCACUGGGAUCUUUUGUAACAAGCUGUAUAUUGACUGUGCAAAAUCACAUAUUCUACACAUGACUGUUAUUUUCUAAAGCAACUAUUUUCUAAAGCAUUUUCUCUGUAUUUUUCUCCUCUGUUUUGAGGCCAGAUUAUUUUCCUGGAAAUCAAUUAUGGCUAUUUUUAUCAAAGUGAAAUUGUUCUUUGGUAAAAGGGUACAUACUCUAAAAAUAAAUCUGCACUUGUAAAUGCAUUACCAUGUAACAAUAACACAACUUUGACUACAGUGACUAAAGAUGUGAUGAUGAAGUCUCUGCAAGCUGAUUUUUCAAAGAAAUAAACUGAAACCGUGAAGAGCUGGAAGGAAGUAAAUCAAUCGAACAACUGGUGGAUGACUUAGAAAAUGAUGGCUGGGAUGUAAAGUUUAUCUGAUGUAUUGAAUGGGCUACAACAUAAAACAAGCUGUUAUGGUGUUUGAAAGCAAAGUGUGAUUUAUCUUUGAUGUGCUCUUGCUGUGGAAGACUGAUUUUUAUGUUUUUACUGUCCACUAACAGUGUCAAUAUGUGUUACAGUCUAAUGAAGGUGCCGCCUGCUUUAUUUUGUGUUUUAUGUGACGCUGAAGUGUUUUUGUUAAUCAGCAUCAUGUCCUAGCUCUAAAAGAGGGUCUGUUUCAUUCAUCAACCAUAUGGAUUUUCUUUGUAGUACAUCCUGCUCGCUGUGUGAGGCGGUUUGCCAAAGCUUGACCUUUGACCUCAGGCUCUCUCACAGACAAAAAAAUAGGCUAAAGACCCAGCAGGGUGUGGGAUUAGGAUGGUAGACUGGACUCAAAAAAAAGUGUUUUGUCACUAGAUCAUUGGAUAUAUUCUCUUUAAGAGGAUAAUAUAUUGUGAAUUUAUUUUGUUACGUUGAUCCAGUAGCUUGUCAGAGCUGCAUGUGUGACUUAAAACAGAAAUGUCUGACUUUCUCAGGGGAAGAUGCCAGUCCAGGUUCCCUACAAAUACAAUUUCAGAAGGAUCAAAGUAUCAGCCCUGCUGUCGGCAGGCUGCAUGACAAUAAUGAAGAUGAUGUGUGUCUUAAGGCCUUUAAAAAGGGAACUUAGUGAGUCAUCUGCCAUCUAAAAUGUAUUGUUUUUUGUUAAAAAAUGUUCAAUAUUUCAAAAUCAGAUGAUUACAUCCAAUCAA